UUCUAUAUUUUCAUAUGAAGUUAUGAGAUAUUCUGAAUAAAAGUAGUGUUGGAUGUUUUAUUGAUUGCUUUUCCCGGGCAGAGACAACUGCGCAUGCUUGAAAAUUCCUCGGAAAAUCUGCGACUGCUGCGUCCGCGAAAGGAAGCAAGUUAAUCAAGUCGUAAUCCAAGGUUCAUCGAGAUGGGUAAGGAGAAGACUCAUAUCAACAUCGUGGUGAUCGGCCACGUGGACUCCGGCAAGUCCACCACCACCGGACACCUCAUCUACAAAUGCGGCGGCAUCGACAAACGUACCAUCGAGAAGUUUGAGAAGGAGGCCCAGGAAAUGGGCAAGGGGUCCUUCAAGUAUGCCUGGGUGUUGGACAAGUUGAAAGCGGAGCGUGAGCGCGGUAUCACCAUUGACAUCGCUCUGUGGAAGUUCGAGACGGCCAAAUACUAUGUGACCAUCAUUGACGCCCCCGGACACAGGGACUUCAUCAAGAACAUGAUCACCGGAACCUCUCAGGCGGACUGCGCGGUGCUGAUCGUGGCGGCGGGCACGGGCGAGUUCGAGGCGGGCAUCAGCAAGAACGGGCAGACGCGCGAGCACGCCCUGCUCGCCUUCACGCUGGGCGUCAAGCAGCUCAUCGUGGGCGUCAACAAGAUGGACUCCACCGAGCCGCCCUACCACGAGGCGCGGUAUGAAGAGAUCAAGAAGGAGGUGUCGUCGUACAUCAAGAAGAUUGGGUACAACCCGGCGUCGGUGGCGUUCGUGCCGAUCUCGGGCUGGCACGGGGACAACAUGCUGGAGCCGUCCGACAAGAUGCCGUGGUUCAAGGGGUGGACCAUCGAGCGCAAGGAGGGCAAGGUCGAGGGGAAGUGCCUCAUUGAGGCUCUGGAUGCGAUCCAGCCGCCGUCCCGUCCCACGGAGAAGCCGCUGCGGCUGCCGCUGCAGGACGUGUACAAGAUCGGCGGCAUCGGCACCGUGCCCGUCGGCCGCGUCGAGACCGGCAUACUGAAGCCCGGCAUGGUGGUGGUUUUUGCCCCGGCGGCCAUCACCACGGAGGUGAAGUCCGUGGAGAUGCACCACGAGGCGCUGCAGGAGGCCGUGCCCGGAGACAACGUCGGCUUCAACGUUAAGAACGUGUCUGUGAAGGAGCUGCGGCGCGGCUACGUGGCGGGCGACUCCAAGAACGCCCCGCCGCGCGGCGCCGCCGACUUCACCGCACAGGUGAUCGUGCUGAACCACCCGGGACAGAUCAGCAACGGCUACACGCCGGUGCUGGACUGCCACACGGCGCACAUCGCUUGCAAGUUCGCCGAGAUCAAGGAGAAGUGCGACCGCAGAACUGGCAAGACCACCGAGGAGAACCCGAAGGCGAUAAAGAGCGGCGACGCGGCCAUCGUGUGCCUCGUGCCCACCAAGCCGCUGUGCGUGGAGUCGUUCUCGGAGUUCCCGCCGCUCGGCCGCUUCGCCGUGCGCGACAUGCGCCAGACCGUCGCCGUCGGCGUCAUCAAGAGCGUGAACUUCAAGGAGGUGACAACGGGUAAAGUCACCAAAGCCGCCGAGAAGGCCCAAAAGAAGAAAUAACUAUGGGGCACAUUGAAUGUAAUAUCGCAGUCGCCAGCCGGCUGCGCGCGCGCAAGCCCACCCCGCGCCGCCCCGCGCCCCGCGCCCACCCCCUUAGUGUCCCCCCGAGAUCGGAGCUUCUUCACUGGUGACGGUGUCCCACGCAUUUAUACCACGCUAUUACAAUUAGUUGCUUUUAGUUACGAUUACGUGUUAAGUUUAUGUCUUUGUGAUUAUUUUAGUCGUAAGUUACUCGCCACGUUUGAGUUUCCAUACUUGAAAGCUCGUUAUGUUUUAUUUUUCCAUCGCAAGGAGUUCAGGAGGAAAAAUAAUGGAGAGGCAGUUGAAUUUUUAAACCAUGUCACUUUAUUAAGAUCAAUGACUGUUAUUUUUAAGUACAAGUUAUGUUUAAUUAUUAAUUUAAUUGUAUUCUUCCUUGCGUUCGUGACUGAUUCUUUGUCGUCUUCUUCAUUGGUCUAUGUUAGUGAAUUUAAAAUGUUGCCAUUUAAAAUUUACAGUAUUAUUGAUUCAUGAUGGUAUUCCAAAAACAAUGACGCUAGUAUCUAAUUUGUGACUGAAAUUUAAACUUGUUUUACCUACCUACAUAUACUUCACAAUUUGGUUAUUUUAUGAUUAGAAUUUUUAGGUAACGCUAUAAUUUAAGUGUGAUUAAAAUAUGUAGUUCCUUUGAAUCUUCUUCAAUGCAUUAAUAAUGAAAACAUCAAAGUGUAGGAAAAUCGGAGGAUUGGUUAAGAAUCAAUCGUCUGUUAUCUAAAUUAGCAAGAUGAAAAAUGUGACUUAAGGCGUUGAAAACGUUUUUAUAUCAAAAAGUUUAUAACUUACAUGUGAUUGCGGAGUGAUUUUGUUCCUAAGUAAGACAUUAUCAAAUUUUAGGUUUUAAAAUGAGCUUGUGUAAAGGUUUAAACAUUCAAUUUUUGGCCAAUCCUAGCAUUGGAAGCAGUUUGAUUACUAAACUGCGUUUUAUUACAUACUUACUGAUAUUUCAAGAUGUUUUAGAAAGCUCUUACUGACAUGUCUUCAGAAUAUUGUAUAAUGAAAUUACCUACUUGUGACUCGAUUUAACUAACUUUUCAAUAAUUUUGUAAGACCCUUAAUCCUGUUGACAAACCAAUAAAGAAGCUACUGGUACGUAUA